AUGGCCAACAAUCAAGAAGGCUUAAUUGAUAUAGUAUUCAGAGUUGGGGGUGCUUUUGUUCCCAAAAAAGUGUCAAAAUCAAAAAGCCUUGCUUUGCUGGUGUGGCUUAAGUUCAGCAAUGUGAUUGUUUUGAGGAAAGCUCUUAGAGUGCAUGCCAUAGAAAAUAGGAAUGAGUACUACUUUUUGCACAAUGAUAGUAGUAGGAUUACUACUCAAUGUAGGAAUAGAUGUGGGUGUAAGUAUGAAACAAAGACAAGUAGGAUGCCUUUGUGUAUAUGCAAGGGUGGAGUGAAGUGCAAUUUCAAGAUCCAUGCUACUAAGUUAAAAAAAACGCAGACUUGGCAAAUUAAAAGCAUGAGGUUAAAGCAUAUGUGUGUGAGAAGCAAGGAGAACAAGAAGGUCACUGCAGAGUUCAUUGUAGAGAGGUACCUUGAGGAGUUUAGAAGUAACCCAACCUGGAAAAUUAAGCAGAUCAGGGAUAGGGUGCUGCAAGAUCUUAGGGUUCAAGUGACCUACUACAGAUGUUGGAUGGCUAGAUGUAGAGCUAAGUUGAUAAUUUUUGGUUCAGCAACAGAGCAAUAUGCAAGGGUAUGGGAUUAUGGGAAGGGUUGUAGGCCAAUCAUUGGGGUGGAUGGCUUCCACUUGAAAGGAGCUUACCCUGGGCAGAUAUUAGUUGUAGUGUCCAAAGAUGGGAACAACAACAUUUACCCUAUUGCUUGGGCAACCUGUGAGGCUGAAAAUAGGGAGACUUGGGUUUGGUUUCUGGAAUCACUAAUGCACAGCCUUGGGAGUGCAGAUGGCUCUGGCUUCACCUUCAUGUCAGACAGGCAGAAGGGACUAGUUGAAGCCCUAGCUGAAGUUGUGCCAAGUGCAGAAACAAGGUUCUGUGUUAGGCACAUUUGGUCAAAUUUCAAGCUGAAGUUCAGUGGAUCAAUGUUCAAGGAGCUUUUCUGGAGUGCUGCAAGAGCAACAACACAUCUUGAGUUUCAGAUUCAAAUGCAAGAGAUAAGGGAGCUUAAUGAGCAGGCUUAUCAGUACUUGAACAACAUCCCCACUCAACACUGGUGCAUGCAUGCAUUCAGUGAUAGUUGCAGGUCCAACAUGUUACUAAACAACAUGUGUGAGACUUUCAACUCAGUUAUUAGAGAUGCAAGAGAUAAACCUAUCCUCACCCAAAUGGAAUGGAUGAGGAGGGAUGACACUUUUGAAGUGCAGCUGAAUGAUGACCAAGUUCUAGUUGACUUGGAGAAUGGAACUUGUUCCUGCAAUCAUUGGCAGUUGAUAGGCAUCCCAUGUGUUCAUGCCUUUGCAUGCAUUAUGGACCAAAGGAGUGAUGCUGAGCAAUAUGUGCACCCCUUUUACAGUAUGGAGAGCUACAGAGCUGCAUAUGAGCCUGCAAUUCAACCAAUGCCAGGCCCAAAGCACUGGGAGACAAGGGGGCAGCAAAGAGCACAGAGAAGGAAGAGUCAGUGCAAGAGCUGUGGUGGAUUUGGCCACUAUGCCAAGACUUGCAAGCGCCCAACUGUACCUGAACCCACUGAUGAAAGAACUGCAGGAAGGCCCCCUUUAAACUCACCAUGGGUUGUUGAGCAAAGGAAGAAGAGUGAGAUUAAAGCUGCUAAGAAGAGUGCAGUAGGGGCUAGUCCAAACAGCAUUGGGAACAAGACCUUUCCUUAA